UCCAAGAUGAUCGACAAGAACCUCCGCGAGGACGGCGAGAAAGCGGCGCGGGAGGUGAAGCUGCUGCUCCUCGGUGCAGGAGAGUCUGGGAAGAGCACAAUCGUAAAACAGAUGAAGAUUAUCCAUGAGGAUGGAUACUCAGAAGAGGAGUGCCAACAGUACAAAGCAGUGGUUUACAGCAACACCAUUCAGUCCAUAAUGGCUAUCAUCAAAGCGAUGGGGAACCUGCAGAUCGACUUUGGGGACCCUGCCAGAGCAGAUGAUGCCCGUCAGUUGUUUGCACUCUCUUGCACUGCAGAGGAGCAGGGGAUCAUGCCAGAGGACUUGUCCAACGUGUGGCUCUUGCCGUCGGGGCUCAGCGCUGCGCACGCUGCGGCUGUUGCUGGCUCCCGUUGGUUGGGGCUCGGCUCUGUGAUCGCUGCACCUCCUGCCGGCUCCCCUCGGUCGGGGCUCGGCUCUGCGAGCGCUGCACCGCUUGCCGGCUCCUGCUCAGUCAGGGCGGGCUGUUGCUGGCUCUCACUGGCUCCCGCUGGGUCGGAGCUCGGCUCGGUGAGCGCUGCGCCUUUUUCGGCUCCCGCUCAGUAG